UGUACUUUGGGCAGAGAGCAAUCAGGAGUAGCACGGAGAAGAAGAAGAAGAGUGUGUUAGCUGUUAGAGGCUCGAGCGGUGGAGUGGUUGUGUUGUCUCGUUUUUGCCAAGAAGGGAAAUAAAGUUCGACAAGUUCUUCAUCUGCCUCAUCCUUGUUUUGCCGCCAGCAGAGCCUAUGAGCUUGUUACCAGCAAACGAGUCGAAAUAGACACCAGCCUGUUCUGGACUUAUCAAGGUGAAGGUAGGAAGUGUGUGAGAGAUGAUGUGUAUGUGAAUUUAGCAGCAUGGAUCAGUGUGAGGAAGGAGAGGAGGAAGUCCCUCCAUCUGAAACCACCAGAGGUCAGAGAAUUCCUAAAAGACUGAAGCGAACCCAUGACCCAGAACCAGAACCCAGCUGUGUGUCCUUUAAGAGCGACAUGUCAAAGGAUAUUCUUAUUGACUUUAAAUCUUCUGGACCUUCAUCAUCAGAGAGGAUUCCUAAAAGACUGAAGCGAACCCAUGACCCAGAACCAGAACCCAGCUGUGUGUCCUUUAUGAGCGACAUGUCAAAGGAUAUUCUUAUUGACUUUAAAUCUUCUGGACCUUCAUCAUCAGAGAGAAUUCCUAAAAGACUGAAGCGAACCCAUGAUCCAGAACCAGAACCCAGCUGUGUGUCCUUUAAGAGCGACAUGUCAAAGGAUAUUCUUAUUGACUUUAAAUCUUCUGGACCUUCAUCAUCAGAGAGAGUGGACUGGCAGAGCUCAGAGGUUCCCAGUGGUCCAUCUGCCCAGCAGCACCAAACACAGCUGGACUCCGUAUUUAUGCUGCUGGAGGAGAACAUUGUCACUUUUGUGAAGAACGAGCUGAAGAAGAUCCAGAAGGUUCUGAGCCCAGAUGACCCAGAAUGCUCAAAGAGUCAGAGAGAUGAUGAUGAGGUGUUGGAAGGUGAGGAUGAAGAGCAGAGGAGGAGCAGCAGAUUGGCAGUGAUGAAGAUCACACUGAACUUCCUGAGGAAUAUGAAGCAAGAGGAGCUGGCUGACCGUCUGCAGAGCAAACGUCUUUCUGCAAUUUGUCAACAUCAACUUAAAUCUGGUCUGAAGAAGAAGUUCCAGUGUGUGUUUGAGGGCAUUGCUAAAGCAGGAAGUCCAACCCUUCUGAACCAAAUCUACACAGAGCUCUACAUCACAGAGGGAGGGACUGGAGAGGUCAAUGAUGAACAUGAGGUCAGACAGAUUGAAACAACAUCCAGGAAACCACAUGGACCAGAAAUAACAAUCAGGCAAGAAGACAUCUUUAAAAUCCCACCUGGAAGAGAUCAACCAAUCAGAACGGUGAUGACAAAGGGAGUGGCUGGCAUUGGAAAAACAGUCUUAACACAGAAGUUCACUCUGGACUGGGCUGAAGGCAAAGCCCACCAGAACAUCCAUUUCAUAUUUCCAUUCACGUUCAGGGAGCUGAAUGUGCUGAAAGAUAAAAAGUUCAGCUUGGUGGAACUUGUCCAUCACUUUUUUACUGAAACCAAAAAAAUCUGCAGCUUUGAACACUUCCAGGUUCUCUUCAUAUUUGAUGGUCUGGAUGAGAGUCGACUUCCACUGGACUUCCACAACAAGGAGAUCCUGACUGAUGCUACAGAGUCCAGCUCAGUGGAUGUUCUGCUGACAAACCUCAUCAGGGGCAAACUGCUUCCCUCUGCUCUCCUCUGGAUAACCACACGACCUGCAGCAGCCAAUCAGAUCCCUCCUCAGUGUGUUGGUAUGGUGACGGAGGUCAGAGGGUUCACUGACCCACAGAAGGAGGAGUACUUCAGGAAGAGAUUCAGAGAUGAGCAGCAGGCCAGCAGGAUAAUCUCCCACAUGAAGACAUCACGAAGCCUCAACAUCAUGUGCCACAUCCCAGUCUUCUGCUGGAUCACUGCUACAGUUCUGGAGGAUCUAUUGGAGACCAGAGAGAGAGGAGAGCUCCCCAUUACCCUGACUGAGAUGUACAUCCACUUCCUGGUAGUUCAGACCAAAGUGAAGAAGGUCAAGUAUGAUGAAGGAGCUGAAACAGAUCCACACUGGAGUCCAGAGAGCAGGAAGAUGAUUGAAUCUCUGGGAAAACUGGCUUAUGAUCAGCUGCAAAAAGGAAACCUGAUCUUCUAUGAAUCAGACUUGACAGAGUGUGGCAUCGAUAUCAGAGCAGCCUCGGUGUUCUCGGGAGUGUUCACCCAGAUCUUUAGGGAGGAGAGAGGGCUGUACCAGGACAAGGUGUUCUGCUUCGUCCAUCUGAGUGUUCAGGAGUUUCUGGCUGCUCUUCAUGUUCAUCUGACCUUCAUCAACUCUAGUGUCAAAAAACAAAGAACAAGAAACGAAGAUGAAACAAAAAAAUGUAAGAGGUCUUCAUUAUUUUAUACACCAAAUCAACACCUGGGGGUCUUCCCAAUGAAAGAAAUCCCAACAUCAAACAUGCCUUCAGUUGAAGAACCGCUAACAACAUUUGACCACCCUUCAUUUUGGGAGGAGCUAAACGUACAGGAUCUCUAUCAGAGAGCUGUUGACCAGGCCUUACGGUGUACUAAUGGACACCUGGACUUGUUCCUCCGCUUCCUCCUGGGACUUUCACUGCAGACCAAUCAGAAACUUCUACAAGGACUGGUGACACAGACAGAAAGUAGCUCACAGACCAAUCAGGAUACAAUAAAGUACAUCAAGUGGAAGAUCAGUGAGAUUGUAUCUGCAGAGAAAAGCAUCAACCUCUUCCACUGUCUGAAUGAGCUCAAUGAUCGUUCUCUAGUGGAGGAGAUCCAACAGGCUCUGAGUUCAGGAAGUCUCUCCACAGGUAAACUGUCUCCUGCUCAUUGGUCAGCUCUGGGUUUCAUCUUCGUAUCAUCAGAAAACGAGCUGGAUGUGUUUGACCUGAAGAAAUACGCUGCCUCAGAGAAUGUUCUUCUAAGGUUGCUGCCAGUGGUUAAAGCCUCCAACAAAGCUCUACUGAGUUACUGUAACCUCUCAAAGAGAAGCUGUGAGGCUCUGUCCUCAGCCCUCAGCUCCCAGUUCUGCAGUCUCAAAGAACUGGACCUGAGUAAAAAUAACCUUCAGGAUUCAGGUGUGGAGCUUCUAUCAGAUGGACUGAAGAGUCCAAACUGCAAACUGACAACUCUCAGACUGAGUUACUGUAAACUCUCGGAGAGAAGCUGUGAAGCUCUGACCUCUGCCCUCAGCUCCCAGUCCAGCAGUCUCACAGAACUGGACCUGAGUCACAAUGACCUCCAGGAUUCAGGAGUGGAGCUUCUUUAUGCUGGACUGGAGAGUUCAAACUGCAAACUGACAACUCUCAGACUGAGUAACUGUAAACUCUCAAAAACAAGCUGUGUAGCUCUGUCUUCAGUCCUGAGAUCCCCAUCCUGCAGUCUCAGAGAACUGGACCUGAGUAACAAUAACCUUCAGGAUUCAGGAGCAAAUCUUUUAUUUGUUGGACUGAAUCAUCCAAACUGCAAACUGACGACUCUCAGACUGAGUUCCUGCAACCUCUCAAAGAUAAGUUGUGAAGCUCUGUCCUCACUUCUCAGCUCCCAGUCCUCCAGUCUCACAGAACUGGACCUGAGUAACAAUAACCUUCAGGAUUCAGGAGUGGAGCUUCUAUCAGAUGGACUGAAGAGUCCAAACUGCAAACUGACAACUCUCAGACUGAGUUACUGUAAACUCUCGGAGAGAAGCUGUAUAGUUCUGACCUCUGCCCUCAGCUCCCAGUCCUACAGUCUCACAGAACUGGACCUGAGUCACAAUGACGUUCAGGAUUCAUCCAUGGAGCUUCUUUAUGCUGGACUGGAGAGUUCAAACUGCAAACUGACAACUCUCAGGGUGGAGUAUGCUGGAGUCCAAUGGUUGGCACCACAUCUGAGGAAGUAUUCCUGUCAACUCACCAUCGACACAAACACAUUGGUCAAACACCUCAAAGUGUCUGAAGACAACAGGAAGGUGACAUGUGUGGAGGAGCUUCAGUCAAAUCCUGAUCAUCCAGACAAAGUUGAUCGUCCUCAGCUGCUGUGUAGAACUGGUCUGACUGGUCGCUGUUACUGGGAGGUCGAGUGGAGAGGAAGUGUUAAUAUAUCAGUGAGUUACAGAAGAAUCAGCAGAGGAGACUGGAGAGACUUUGUGUGUGAAUUGAAUCAGUGCUGGACUCUGAGAUGCUGUGAUCAUCGUGGUUUCUCUGUCUGGCACAAUGACAUACAAUAUAACAUCUCCUCUCCCUCAGUCUCUAACAGAGUAGCAGUGUAUGUGGACUAUCCUGCUGGCAUUCUGUCCUUCUACAGCGUCUCCUCAGACUCACUGAUCCACCUCCGCACCUUCAAAUUCAAAUUCACUGAACCUCUCCAUCCUGGAUUUUCACUCUGGCUCCCUGGUUCCUCAGUGUUUCUGUGUUGAGUCUAAAGACUCUCCUCCUGUCAGAGAAACUCUCUCUCUGUUGAACAGAUGUAUUACACUCAGCCACUUUAUUAGGUACACCUUGAUAGUACCGGGUUGGAUCUGAGUGAAGUUGGCUCCUCUACCUUGUGCUACUUUUUUGCGGCAAAAAUGUUCAAUUCUACCGCUAUUAUUUUAAAAAUAUUAAGAAGUGUUUCCAGAGGUCAUGAAAGGUCACUGUCUUCAAAUCAGACAAAAUCGGUGCCAAUCAACUCGACUACGUUUGUGCAGCAAGAAUUUGUUUGUGCUGCUUUGGCUUUGAAGAUUUUAAUGGUUGGACCUUCUUUUGCCUAUAGAAGUGCCUUAAUCCUUUGUGUCUUAGAUUCAGCAAGGUACUGUAAACAUUCCUCACAGAAUCUGGUCCAUAUCGACAUGAUAGCAUCACUCAGUUGUUGCAGAUUUGUCGGCUGCACAUCCAUGAUGCAAAUUUCCCGUUCCACCACAUCCCAAGCUUCACAAGCUAAAACCAAAUGCCGUGUCGUCAGUUUUUAUCCACAAACCCCACUGCUGCCGGCUAGUGAGGGGAAAAAUGCUGGGCUACACAUGAGAGACGAGCAUCGCUGGAAGCUUUUUUUAUAUGCUAGUGAAGCUAUUGUUACUGCCACCAGUACUCAAUGUGAAACCACGGACCGACACCGGACCUUACACAGAUCUAUAGAAGUACUUAUCAGUUUCAUUUAUGAAGCUGUAGGCAGCAGCAGCAAAACACCAGCAGCUCCUACGGCCAACUCUGUCCUCUUCCUCUGUUUGGUUCUCCUCAUCUUCAUCACCUCUUGUGAGUUCUACAUUCCCAUUGAUUUCAACACACUCCGGUUCAAUUUAAAAAGGCUAAAAUACGUUACUCAUCACGGUUUUGGCUGGGGCCGAGCUUUUGGAGUCAGGCUAAGUAGCUUCAUUUACCCAGAAUGUGUUGCAGCGUGAACAACAUACCAACGUUUGUAUGACAGUAUUUUAUUAAAAUGUAUAGAAACUAAACAGUCUACAGAAUUAUUACUGUAUUGUUUUUUUAUAUCUAAAAUAAAUGUCUCAAAUAAAGUCUAUUGUUAGAACUGA